AUGGCUUUGCGAAGAGCACAGCGACCGUCUCACUCCUACGCACGCCUACGAAGAUGUCUUGUCGGAAAAUUAUCGCCAUGCGGCACCGAGGACCUCGAUCACUGCUGGCGUACACUUGUGGCUAGUAGCUCCACGCCUGUCAUGCGAGCCAGCCACGAGCCCCCAGCGAUUCGUACAAAUUUUGGACCGCUCGUCUUGGCUGUGCAAGUGAUGUCUCAGAAGGUCGCUGAAAAUUGGAGGGACGAGGGACGAACAGGAAACGGGAAGAGCACGACAAAAAAUAAGUUGAACGGUUAG